UGGUGAACGUAACGGAAAAGUCGUCGCCUGUUGAAUAUAUAAACAUUCUAUUUACUUGAUUCGCCUCGUCUCGUUUUUAUUUUGUUUUUUUUUUUAUUUUUGUUAUUGUUUUUGUUUUGUAUUUCAACUUUACUAGCGAUGUGAAGCAGCAUAACAAGAGCAACAAAAGCAACAGGCGAACAACAAACAAGAAACAACAAACAGAGCAGGAGGGAAAAUCAUUUACAAAAAUAAAACAGUUGCCGUUCACUGGUUCCACCCACCCAUCAUUCGUCCAGUAAUGCAACAACCGGACAAAAGCCCGCAGCGCUAAACUAACCCAAACCCCAUUCCCCCAACACCGAAAUCCUAACCCAAGACGCCCAGGCGCACAAUUCCAAGAUGACUGAUAAUGGGAGCCAUCACAACAAUAACAACAACAUUAACAACAACAAUGAGGCAUCCAGACUGAGACCAAGCGAGGAGCAGGCUGCAGACCAGCUGCUCCCCAAGAAUGGAUCAUCGGGGCAACAGCCCAAGAUAGUGCCUCCUCUGCCUCAUCCGUCCCACUCCAUAGCUCAAUCCCAGCCACAGAGCCCAGCGAAAGGAUCGCAUCCGGCGAAGAAGAGGCGGGACAAGAGCGAUCUGGGUGAAGAUUUUGUGGCGCCCGACGGAGGAUGGGGCUGGCUGGUGUCCGUCGCCAGUGGCGUCAACAUUCUGGUGACGUUCGCCUUGGCCCAGCAGUUCGGCAUCCUGUUCAAAGAUCGCAUGGAGCGCCUGGGGAUCUCCAGUUCGGAAUUGACCACCAUCAUCAACACACAGAUCGCUGUCUCUGCAUUUACGGGUCUGCUUAACGGCCCGCUUUUCCGACGUUACACAUAUCGAGUGGUGGCCUUGUUCGGUUCCGUGCUGACCUUCUUGGGCCUCUUCUGGAUGGUUUUUGCCGAUACCUUCGCCGUCUACAUACUGAGCUUCUCGCUGAUCUACGGAUUCGGUCGAGGACUGACGGUAUCUGCCUCCUCGCUGGCGGUCAAUACCUACUUCAAGGUGAAGCGACGCACGGCGACGGCUUUCCAAUUCGGAGUGGCCGGCCUGGGGCCAAUUGUUUGUCCCUACUUCGCCACCUAUAUGUUGUACAUGUUCGGAGUCCAGGGAACGACGCUCCUCUUCGCCGGCGCCUCACUGCACACGAUCGCCUGCUCGCUGAUUUACCAGCCGGUAAAGUGGCAUGUGGUGAAGCGGGAUCGCGAUGCGGAGGCACUGCAGCCGGUUCAGCCAUUGGCAGAACGCGAGGAUCAGGAUGAGGACAUAAUCAAGCAUGUUGUCGAGCCGGAGACACCGGUGCUGCCCCGUGCCAAUGACGGUUGGUUCGGCUCGAGGGCCUCCCUCAAUAGCAGCGGCACUCGCAAUCGACUGAAUACCUGGGAGAAGUCCGACGGAAAUAGUGGACAUGUGGAGCUCAAGAGAUUAAGCAGCAGGGACUCGAAUGCCGGGCGACAGCUGCGCAGCAUUUCCGUGAGUCACAGCAUUAAGGAGGAGGAGGCCUUGGGCUACCACUCCGAUCACGAAGUGGAAGUCCACAACAACACCGAGCUAACCGAGAAGGAGAAACAAGAGCUGGAGGAUGAGGCGGAGCGCCAGCGCCGCAAGAAGCUGCCAUUCUACAUGAAAGUAGUGAUUUUUUUCGAUAUGGAUCUACUCAGGGACAUCACCUACGUUAACCUAGCCGUUGGCAUCACACUGAUCAACUUUGUGGAAAUCAACUUUGCCAUCCUCACACCAUUUAUCCUGAGCGAUCUGGGCUUCUCUAAGGAUCAGACUGCCUUGGCCAUGUCCACACUGGGCUUCUUUGACCUGGUGGUGCGUUUCCUUAUACCAUUGAUAACGGCGAAGAUAAACUUGAGCAACCGAACCUUCUUCGUUGUGGGAAUUCUGGGCAUGUGUGUUGGCCGCAUGUUCCUCUCGAUAACCACCAACUUCUACGUAAUGAUGGGCAUUUUCCUGUGGCUCGGCUUGAACAAGGCCUUUCGCACGGUUUUCUGGUCGCUGAUCAUUCCCAGCUAUGUGCCGCUGAAGAGAUUGCCAGCGGCCGCUGGCCUACAGCUGCUCAUGUCCGGCACCUUUUCGAUGAUCUUCGGACCCCUGAUUGGCGUUGUCCGGGAUCACACUAGUUAUGCGGUGACCCUCAACCUGUUGAAUGCCCUUUGCGUGUUGGCCAUUGCGGGCUGGUACUUGGAAGACUUCAUCCGCGCCCGCAACCGACGAUAUGCGAUGCCCGUCAAGCCCACCAACUGAUGAAACGACCAACUCCUGCACUCCGUGCCAUGUUUAGCCGUACUCAGUGGCAGCAAAUUCAGGACCAACACCGUACCCGCACACCACCCAUCCUAACGUUAGCACAAAUGUUAUUCUUGUUAUCGCAUUUGACCAGUGUUUUUUUUUAAUCCCUACCUUUAUGUAAACUAUAUUCUGCGUGUACAUUGUGUAUAUACUAUUCGAGUGUAGCUAAUUAAUUGUAUUAAAUAUCGAUAAUUGUUAAUUAAUAUGCAUAAGCUGCCAGAAACUUAA